AAAAAGUUAUUAAGAAAAAAUGUUGCAUAAAAUUAAUAUAAUUUUUAGACACCGUGUAUACAAAAACAUCGAAUUUCUAAACUAAGAAGAUGCUUGCUACACACACACGCACACGUGUGUGUGUGUUUGUGUGUAUUCAAUUUUGUAUAUUGCGUAGUGUGUACACACGUUGAUGCCGUUGAUAUGUAUCAAACUAAAGUGUUUAUAAACAGAAAUAUCACGCAUCGGACAUAUGAAUACAUUACAUAGAUAUUUGUGGAAUAUAUAAAGCAAUGCUAAACGUUAAAUUCGGUAUCCUCUAUUAGUCGGUUCUCAGUCGCGAAUAAUAUCAGUUGUAGAACGUGCUAGAAUAUUCGCGAAAUGUUACUGCAUGAAUUUCUAUAUCUUACGCACAACGAACAGGAGCUCUUAGAAUACUUGCGUAAUAAAGCGGUUAUUCAACGAGACACAACAUGUCCGCGGUGCAACAACAUCAUAAAUACCACGAGUGAUUCAGAUUCCUUAAUACUCCACUGUACCAAUAAAUAUUACAAGCAAGUACGCGGACGGAAAAGGCAGCGAAAAGUGUGUAAUUUUAAAAUAAGUAUUUUACAUAAUACUUGGUUCGCUAAGGGACAUCUCGGUUUGGCAAAAACGUGCCGAUUUAUUGCUUAUUUUUUACACAUACGUCCUCCAAGACAAUUCUUCCUUAUGGAAGAAUUGCAGAUUUGCGACAGGACUGUAGUUGAUUGGACAAACUUUUGUCGCGAGCUGUUACAACAAUGGAUUACGAAUGGACAAAAACAGAUAGGUGGUCCUGGAGUUACUGUAGAAAUUGACGAAGCAAAAAUCGGGAAAAGGAAAUACAACAAAGGUCGUAUAGUUAAAGGCCAGUGGGUUUUCGGUGGGAUAGAUCGAGAGAGCGGUAAAAUGUUUAUCAUUCCUGUGCCCGAUCGAUCAGCAACAACUCUUAUACCUAUAAUAAAUCAAUAUAUAGCGCCGGGUUCUACAAUUUAUUCAGACAGUUGGAAGGCAUACAGUGGACUACAAAAUGCAAACUACUCUCAUUAUACAGUAAACCACAAACAGAACUUCAUUGAUCCUGCUACAGGCGCUCAUACGCAAAAUAUAGAGAGGUUAUGGCGUGAUAUGCGAGCAGCAAUACCACGAUAUGGAACACGCACUUAUCAUUACAACGGAUACCUCGCGGAAUUUAUUUUCAAAAAGCAAUCAAAUUUUGGUGACCGCAUUGACUCUUUUUUUUAAAUAAUGAGUAAAAUAUAUCCAAUAAAAUAAUAUAUAUCGACGUAUAUGUACACGUGUACUGUUUACCAUAUUUCCAUAUACAGUGUGCAAAAAUUACGUUCCAUUUAUAAAAAAAAUGGUAAAAGUCCAGAUUAGGGGACACCUCGCCGAUGACCUUGACCUUUACAUAUCUAAUAGAGGUCAUCCUCCUGAGUAACAUUUAAAAAGUUUUAGGUGGCGGUCACUCUUCAUUAAAAAGUUAUGGACAAAAGAAGUUCCAAAA